UGACACCUGCUUGACAGUUACUGCCAAAAGGGACAAUGACAGCAAAAUAUAAAUAAAAAUAUUGGAACACGGCAGCAAAUGACCGCACAUGUUAUUAUUUUAUCGUAAUUAUUAGCGGUAAAAAGGCUUUACGAAAGUAAACAACAUUCAUUUUCUACUCCACUACAAAUAUUAAGAAUGCCACCACCAGGAAAACAUUACCGCGGAAAUCGCAAAGGUUCUAAUCAGACCCACACGCUAGCCUCUGUCGCGCGAGAGACGGCUACUUCUCUGCCGGCAGACAGCCCCGUGCUUGCGAUAUUCAAAGAUGCUGCUCGCAAGUUAAAUGAACGUCAGGACAGGCACGAGCGGCUCGUCAAACUCUCGCGUGACGUCACUAUUGAAAGCAAAAGAAUAAUUUUCUUAUUGCAUUCUCCUAUAACAAAAGAAUCAUCUGAAAAUACUCUUACUGAAGCCAAGGAUCGUGUACAAAAACUGAUCAAUGGACCUAUUAAGAGUAUUGGCUUGGAGUUGGAGAACAGUCCAGCUCACUUACAUGGCAGGGCUGUCACUGCCGGGUUCCAGGAAUUCAUAGAGGCAAGGACUUUGCUGUCUCUGAUGGCUGAAAAAAGGAUCAUUACUUACCCAGAAGUGCAAAAGGAAUUGGAGUAUGAUAUCACAGAUGAUGACAAUCAGAGGUCUCUAGUAACAAUGUUACCCGAGUCUGAUUACAUGCUAGGUCUUGCUGAUCUGACUGGAGAGCUGAUGAGGAAGGCUAUCAACAGCAUAUCCAGUGGAGACAGUGAGGAAUGCUUCCAAGCUUGUCAAGUUGUCAGGCAUUUGUAUACUGGAUACUUGGGCAUAACAGGCAGUCGUCUCUUAGUCCGUAAGCUGCCGACAACUCGCGCCAACGUCAACAAAGUUGAGAUGGCCGUGUAUGCUCUUAAAGUGCGCGGCGGAGAGACGCCGGCACCACUACUGCUACCUGCCGCUCCUGCAGAGUGGGAGCCACCGAUCAACUUAUCCGACGAUGAAGGAUACUACUAGACUAUGCUAGACAUAGCACUAGUCUAUAGACUGAAUGAAAAGCCUGAUUCAGAUCUAUUUAAGUAAAAAAGUAUUAGAAACUUAAUGCAUAAUUGUCAUUAACAUCCCACAUUAGAAAAUCUUUAAUUAAGCUAGUGGUUCCAUUUUAACGUCAUUCACAUUUUGUAUCUUUAAUGUUUUAAACUUUUCCAAAGCAAUAUGCCUGGUUGUCUGGCGUCUAGAGUUUAAUUAUUAGGAUAUAAGCUUCAAUAGACAGUUCAUUAAUA